AUGAGUCGAAGACGUGCACAUGAUGGAGAAGAAGAGGGUUACGAACACCGGAAUCGUAAACGACGCCGCGUAUCUGAAAAUCAGGAAAUAGAAGACCGAUUAGAAUCGUUGAUAUUGCGUGUUGGAGAGCGCACAACCUCUUCGGUUGAAUCAAAUUUAGAAGGUCUUGUGUCAGUGCUAGAAGCUGAUUUGGGCACUUUUAGGAUAAAAAUUUUACGUAUAUUGUCUGAUUGUGCUGUAAAAAUGCCUGAAAAAUGUACCAUAUACACAACGUUAGUAGGCCUCCUCAAUGCCAAAAACUACAAAUUCGGUGGAGAAUUUGUAGAUCACAUGGUUAAAACUUUUAAGGAGUCUCUAAAACUAUGUCGUUGGGACUCUGCUAGAUAUUCUUUAAGAUUUCUGGCAGACUUGGUUAAUUGUCAUGUGAUAUCAGCUCAAAGUUUAAUACAAAUUCUUGAUACAAUGAUUGAUGUCUCCAAUGAAGAUGCUGCACCGCAAGUACGUCGCGAUUGGUUUGUGUUUGCAGUGCUUUCUACUCUACCUUGGGUAGGAAGGGAUCUAUAUGAAAAAAAAGAAUCUUCGUUAGAAGCAUUGCUUUUACGUAUUGAAGUGUAUCUCAACAAACGUUCAAAGAAACAUCAUAAUGCGCUACGUGUAUGGUCAGUAGACACUCCCCAUCCACAAGAGGAGUAUUUGGAUUGUCUUUGGGCACAAAUACGUAAAUUACGUCAAGAUAACUGGGCCGAAAAACAUAUACCUCGUCCUUACUUAAGUUUCGAUUCAAUUUUGUGUGAAGCAUUGCAACACAAUUUGCCGCAAAUAAUUCCACCUCCACAUCAUGAAUCAUAUAGAUACCCUAUGCCGACAGUAGUUUAUCGCAUGUUUGACUACACUGACUGCCCAGAUGGACCUAAUUUACCAGGCUAUCAAUAA